GUUCCUAGUCCAAAUAUGGCCUUAUUUCCUGACCUUAUUUUCUUUCCUCUCUACAGUGAUGAACCUCUCUAUGAGUUCAGCUCCUGUAGUGUCCAGGAACAUCAGAGGUAUCUUCUUAGAGUCAGACCACAAUGCAGUCUCAACAAACCCUUGAGCACAGAUAUUGUUGCACCUCCAGUUUGUGGAAAUUACUUUGUGGAGCGGGGAGAAGAAUGUGAUUGCGGCUCUCCUGCGGAUUGUCAAAGUGCCUGCUGCAAUGCUGCAACUUGUAAACUGCAACAUGAGGCACAGUGUGACUCCGGAGAGUGUUGUGAGAAAUGCAAAUUUAAGAAAGCAGGAGCAGAAUGCCGGGCAGCAAAGGAUGACUGUGACUCACCUGAAAGCUGCACUGGCCAAUCUGCUGAGUGUCCCACGGACAGCUUCCAGAGGAAUGGACAUCCAUGCCAAAACAACCAGGGUUACUGCUACAAUGGGAAAUGCCCCCUCAUGACAAACCAAUGUAUUGAUCUCUGGGGGCCAGGUGUAAAAGUGUCUUCAGGUAUAUGUUUUACAUUGAACCAGAAUGGCCGAAGUUGUGGCUUCUGCAGAAUGGAACAUGGUACAAAGAUUCCAUGUGCAGCAAAUGAUGUAAAAUAUGGCUGGUUAUUUAGUAUGUCGCACUAA